AACAGUCCACAACACUCUCAAGUAACACCAAAGCUGCCAUCGCUCUCUCUCUCUCUCAAACCAGACAGCAAAAAGAAAAUAAUAAAAGAAAAAUGACAGCUGCUAUGAUACGAGCUCCAACAUUCCUCCUCCUCCUCCAGCUGUUAUUCACGACAGUGGCCGCCCACUUCUCUUCCUCGUCAUCAUCCUCCUCCUCCUCCUCCUCUUCAUCGGCCACACUCUCAGAGUGGAGAUCUGGGCGAGCAACUUACUACGCGGCGGCGGACCCAAGAGACGCGGUGGGGGGCGCGUGCGGGUACGGAGACUUGGUCAAGAGUGGAUAUGGAAUGGCGACGGUGGGACUGAGCGAGGCGCUGUUCGAGAGGGGCCAGAUCUGCGGGGGAUGCUUCGAGCUGAGGUGCGUGGACGACCUCCGCUGGUGCAUUCCGGGGACGUCCAUCAUCGUCACUGCCACCAACUUCUGCGCCCCUAACUAUGGGUUCCCGGCGGACGGCGGGGGGCACUGCAACCCUCCCAACAACCACUUUGUUCUCCCCAUUGAGGCCUUUGAGAAGAUCGCUAUUUGGAAGGCUGCCAACAUGCCUGUCCACUAUCGGAGGAUCAAAUGCAGAAAAGAAGGCGGUGUUCGAUUUACACUUGGUGGAUCAGGUAUAUUCUUAUCAGUGCUGAUCAGCAAUGUGGGUGGCGCUGGAGACAUAGUGGGAGUGAAGAUCAAGGGUUCAAGAACAGGAUGGCUUCCAAUGGGCAGGAAUUGGGGUCAGAACUGGCAUCUCAAUGCUGAUUUAAAGAAUCAGCCUCUUUCCUUUGAGAUCAGUGCUAGCGAUGGAAUCACCCUCACAUCUUACAAUGUUGCUCCCAAGGGUUGGAAUUUUGGACAGACUUUUGAAGGCAAGCAAUUUGAAUCUUAAAUUACAUAUCCAAGAUGAAAAAUCAUAUACAUCAAACUUUUCUUUUACUUUUCCCACUGGGUUGGAGGGGUGUAUGGAAUGGGUGGCUUUUUGUUUUAAGGGAAAAGGUACAUGUUAUUAAUGGAAUGAUUUGAGACUUUAUGUGAAAGCCUACUUGAUGGUUUCAUAAUUAAA